UUAUGUUAGGGUCGGUGGUUUGUGUGUUCACUGUGUUGCAUUACGUUCUUCAUGUUUAUAUCAUCGAAACAUGACUAAUAAAUGUAUCCGAACGAGAAAUAAACUCCAAAUAGGAUAAUAAGUGUAAAGUGCUUAUGAAAUGUGUUUAUUGUGAAUUUUUUCUGCGUAUUUCACAGCAGUCAAAUCAAAGAUCUAACAAUGGCUGAAUAUUAUGUAUCAGUGCUAUUAAUUCGGCUUUGCUUGCCUGCAGCUCUUCUGAUAAGCAUUGCACUUCGUCCAUUUGGUCUCUCGUUGAUAUAUCUUCUCCUCUACUUAAUAGCUCCGUUUCCACAAGUGCCGAAUACUAUUAUUGAUUUUAGAGGAUGGUGUCGAAAAUAUAUUCUACUGAAUCUUGGUGUGUCAAGCCUGCUACUGCUCACCCAUGCUGCGUGGCACAGUACGCUGGCCGCCUUCGGAGUAUAUGGCUCGAUCCUCGAUGAAUAUCCCAUCAUAAAGGAAAUCGGCCUCAAUCUGGGAUUGGUCUCGUAUGCAGGCAUUGAUCCCUUCAUGGCCGUUCAGUACUUAGCACCUGAGUUGGUGGUGAUGGGCUCGUCACUCGCGGUCUACUUGCUAGUCCGUUGUGUUCUCGCCAACUCUUCAAAUACAGAAAGGGAGAAAAAAGAUUACAAACAUCAAAAAUAUCCACUACUAACAAGUGCAGGGAAGUAUUUGGCGUUGUUUCUGAUAAUGAUCGCCGGGAUCGUGCGCCCCAGUGUGACGUCAGGGUUGUACUUCGUCGUGUUCAUGGGUGCCGCGACAGCCUGGGCGCUGGGGAGACCGCUCGAGAGAGGCUUCGCGGUGAUCAGCCGGUGUGUGAUGGCCCUGAUGGGAGCACAUGUGGCCGUGCUCUUGGUCUACCAGUGCUCUUGGCUCAUUGAGCUGUACCCGCCCGAUAUGGAGUUCGCUAGAUACUUCGGUCUAACAAAGUUUGUGAUCAUUAACAGUACAAACUCGUCCACAAGUUUCUCUUACGACGUCCAACAGGACAACCAUUGGGCAGUGUUCACUAGUCCCUUCGUCAUACUGAUUGCAUACUUUUUCCUCGCAAUAGAGUCGAGAGAACUUUUCAAGCCAAAGGAGAGGAAAAAGAGCGCUUUGACGGGUCUUGAAGCGGGUAAAGUGAACGGCUCCUUAAUGCGGGGCGUCUCCUUCCACCGCGCUAGCCGCCUCACAACACGGGAUAGAUGGAUGAGCGCCACGAAGAGAGCUAGACUAAUGCGUAACUUAAGUCCAAGCAAGCGGUGGUCGGGCUCGACAUCGCGACCGCUUCACCAGGACUCAACAGGAUCCGUCGUUGUUGCUGAUGAAGAAUCAGCCCUAGAAGUGGAAGAGCCAACGUUAAUGGACGAUAUUAUUGCCGCUGUUAUAGACUUCUUUCAAGUUCUUGUCAGGUCCUCCUAUAUCGCGACUACAAUAACUAUGAUGGCGUGGAGCAUUAUGUUCCACUCGUGGCUCGCGUUCGUGUUCCUGAUGUGGGCCAACGUAGUGUGGCUCUGUCAGGACCAGCGCUCGUUCAUGCUCAAAUCUAGUCCCGUGCUGGUGAUCUAUGCUAUGUUCUUGUUGGUUGCGCAGUACAUAUACAGCAUGGACCUCACCGAGAGUGAGCUGCCGUCCAACAUAACGGAAGUCAACCUUCAUCAAAUAGGGCUGGGUCGAGCGGACGGGGAUCCGUUCGUAACUCUGCUGAUAAAGUCGUUGUUCACCUGGAUGUUCUGGGUGACGCUGCGGCAGUUCGUAGAGGAGAUGCGGAUACGCAGGCAGAGUAAGAUGAUUACCGACAUAGCGGCGCCUCUGCAACUCACCGUCUCCGCAGCGCAUAGCGCACUAGAAGGCCAACGCGAAGGCGAGAAACAUUCGCGGUUGCUGCGAGCAUUCGGCGAGUGGCUGCGAGCGCUGUGUGCUCACUACUGGAUCUACGUCGUGGUCAUCAUGCUGUUCGUGAUCGGCAUCACCGGCGACCGCAUGACCAUAUUCAGAAUUAUCUACAUGUUCCUUUUCCUCGGAUUUAUCCUUAUGUUCCAGAUUAGCUGGUACUGGUGGAGAAGAUUGAUGUACAUGUUUUGGAUAACAGUCAUCAUAUAUUCAAUGAUUAAUCUUAUACUCAUUUACAUAUACCAGUUCGACAACUUUUCUAAGAUUAUUGAAAAAUAUCUUAUGAUCAACGAACAGUUACAGCACGACCUCGGGCUGGAGCCGUACCACCCGGCGGACCUGUUCGUGAAGCUGCUCACUCCGACGCUCUUCCUCAUCAUCACAAUCAUGCAAGUCCACUACUUCCACAAGGACUUCAUGGCCCUAUCAUAUCUCGCUAUGACAAGAGCCGACAGUACACCCAGAGACAUGGGGUCCGCGCGGCCAAGCCAGGGCGGUGCCUCUACGAUUAAAGACGAUUUGCCCCAGCUGCCUCUAGAGGAGGAACGUCCAGUCACGGACGAGCCUGCCAGUGCGACCGAGCCUGAUAACUCUAUGGGCACAUCGACCAACCCUGCGCCGAAGUCUCUCAGGAAACCAUCACAAAGUCGUUCGUACGCGCCGACGAUAACGGAACACGACUCGAUCAAGUUCCUGCCGUGGCUCAAGUCCACGUUCACCAGCCUCAAGGUGGCGCUGCUGCAGUGGACCGACAAGGUGUUCCUGUUCCUCGACAUUCACCUCAUCAAGAUCAUAUUCAUAUCGCUUAUGCUGAUGUGCGUCUUUAAUGUCUCUGCUAUGCACGUACCAAUAAUGCUGAUACUCACGCCCGCGACCUUGCUGAGUGCUCGCAAGCAGAGGUUCUGCGUGCUGCUCAUAUCAGCGCUCAUCAGCGUCUACUUCAUGGCCAAGAUGGUGUACCAGAUCAAGUACAUCCAACACUCCUACUUCGAUGUCAACUGCACUGUGAUAGGUGAAAACAACACUAUGAACCUGACGACGUUCAACAACGCACAAUGGGUCGGCUUCACGAAGGUGACGCCUGACAAGCCUCUGGUGACGAUCCUCAAGGGAUACAUCGCGCUUAUCGCUCUGAUCACUUUCUACUCACUCGUCACUUAUAGGCAGCAAAUACACAGAGACUUGGGACUGCUGCCAAAUACAAAAGAGAAGCUGAUGUUUCCGGAAAUAACUCGCAAAGAAGCGGACAAAGAUGUUAAACACUGUAUCCAAUAUUUAUUCAAUUAUGGCUUUUAUAAAUUUGGAGUUGAGAUCACGCUGAUAUGCCUGAUGGGCGUGAUCGGGUCCCGUAUGGACGUGUAUGCGGUGAUAUACGCCGGCUGGCUGCUGGCGCUAGUGUCGCUGCGGCGAGCCGCGUUGGCCCGCGUGUGGCCCGCCUUCACCGCGCUCGUCACGCUCUUCGUGCCCUUCCAGUACAUCAUAUCGCUGGGGUUCAUGCCGCAGUUCUGUGUCAACUAUCCCUGGAGCGGCGACGGCCAGCAAAUGAAACAUAUACGUACUUGGCUUUUCCUGCCGUAUGCUACGGAGCCGCCGCACGCAAUCAAGUUGAUAUUCGACUUCUUCCUACUCAUGUUCGCUUCACGACAGCUGCGUGUGUUCAGGGUUGAGAACAUGUACGGUGAUCAUUAUCUCGGAGGGUCCAACCGCGAGGACAUCGGCAAAGAUUGGGAAACACCCGAGUUUGUUAAUCCAGUGCCAGACUUCCUGGGCUAUGUUGGGUCUUGGCUGGACGUUGUCAAGCGGAUGGUGUUCCUGGGCAUGCUGUGGGUAACUCUCGCCAUUAUGUUCAUGACGGGAACGAACAGAGUCAACCUGUUCUCCAUGGGCUACCUCAUUGGUUCCUUCAUCUUCCUCUGGCAGGGCACAGACUUCUAUCUACGACCAAAGCAUGCUAUACUGCUGUGGUGGUCGUGGCUCGUGCGGUACAACGUGUGCGUGGUGGUCGUGAAGGCUGCCCUCCAGAUCCCGGGCUGCAUCUUCAACUCGGCCAUGCAGCAGCACGCGUGCUGGGUGGUGCAACUACUCGGCAUCGGCUGCGUGGACAAGUUCGCGGGCGGAAACAUCGCGCGCUUCCUCAAGAUGCACUAUGAUAAGGACACGGUGUGUUCGGUGCCACAAGAGGACAUCGGGCUGGCGUGGGACGGUGUCUGCUUCGCGUUCCUCAUUCUGCAGCGAAGACUCUUCCACAGCUACUACUUCUACAGAGUCAUCGACGAGAGUAAAGCUACCACUGUGCUUGCGUCCAGGGGUGCGGAACUGAUUGAGGAACUGCGUCAGAAACAAAUGCAGUUGCAAGAAGACCAGGAGGUCAAAAUCUUGGAGAAAAUCAAAGUGAAGAUGGAAAGGAUCAAAGCUAACCAGAAAAAAAUACAGGGUGUUCUGUCAAGAGAACCGAUACAUCACGACCGUGGUAGCGUCGGAGGGUAUCGUUGCCGCCGAGUUAGCACGUUGAGACACGAAGCGGUUAGAUCUGGAGACUACUACAUGUUCGAUGAAUUCGACGAUACUGACGUUCCUCUCAAAGAUGAGGAAUCUAGUUCUGAUGAAGAUGCACCGAAGGAAAUGGGCAUUGGAAAGUUGCUGUCGACGGCGAUAAAGACGGACGUGCGACGCGCUAUGUCGUUGCGUCGCGCGUCUAUGCCUGCCCUUAGAGCGCGCCGACUCGUCCUGUCCGCGAAACCUUCCUCCUAUCAGCAUGAGACACAUCCGCCGUCGUCUCUGGGCGCUCAAACAGCACGUGACUACGACCAAGACACGUCGGGGCGCCAAGACCGUGCCGGCCCUUCGUCAGAGCUCGACGAUUUUGCACCAAUACCGGAGGGUGAAACAUGGAUGGAUAAACUCAAAGGGUUCUCGGAGACGGUCCUGGCGUUCAUCUCCAGCUUCCUCACUUCCAUCACCCGCUAUCUGAUGAGAUACUCGCGAGACUACCGAUACGUCUCCAAGAUGCUUUCGAUUGAGAAGAAAAUAUUAAAGGUA